AUGCUGUCUGGUCCGAAGCGCUUGACCUUGACCAACUCCAUAUUGAACGCAAAGAACUCGAGACAGCGCGCCAAUAGAGGGCUGGACGGGGGCGAGUUUGCCGAGUACGUCGAGGAAGCAAAGCUUCGACUGACGCGGAACGGCUUCACUCGAUCGUUUGAGCUCGAUGAAGAGCCGCAACGGCAGGACAAGCUGACGACCUGGAUUGAAUACCUCGACUUUGAAUAUGCGUGGUAUGAAUGGCAUGCACGUUCUGUCAAGCUUGAGCAGCAAGUGUACGACGACGCCUGGGAGAAACUAGUAGACGAGGGGGUGCUGAGACCUCACGAGACUGAUGUUUCUAAGAUUGAUCUGGCGUCUCAGCGUCUGAAUGAAAGAUUAGAAGCCCAGAAAGCUGUAGAAAGUGCCAAACUGGCCGCUACGUCGGUCUACGCAUGGGCGCAAAGCGCUAGGCAAGACAGAAGUUCCGAGCAAGAGGACGCCGGGGGUAGGAUUCACGCGGCAAAGGAAAGGCUGGAUCUAAUCAGGAGGCGGAACGAGCUUAUUGGAGAAGUUGUCGAAAAGCAACGUGGGCUUACAAGCGAGCCAAGAGAGUUGAAUGAAGCGCAAGAGUCCAACGUCGGAACACACGCAAGGCGUGGCACGAAGAGAAGGCUGGAAGGCUUUAAAAAUGGGGCUUCAGGUUCGAAGAGGCGGAAGCAAAAUAACGAAGAACCUACAUCAGAUUGCGAGUCUGCUGGAGCUAAGUACGCCCAUUUCGAGGACGCAGCUGACGACACGCGAACCCCAAAGCGGUCGGGAGGAGGCGUCCAGGCCCCAGCAACCCAACACGGAACAUCUGCAAUAUCGCAAAGUUCUAGUAGUCCUGCUUCGGGGUUACGGGUACUCGGUCAAGACGACCGAUCCAGCUAUAAUGAACUCCUCGUCAACGACACUACAUCCAAACACUGCAAGAAGAAGCGCGAAGAAAUAAAGACAAUCCCAUGUCCUCCACAACUUAAACCCGUACGUGGCCGGAAAGCCAGCUCAAUAACCGUAAAUCCAGCCAAACUCACAGCUCCAAUGCUCCGUCGCAUUUCCCGCAUUGCCGAACGUGCUGGAAAAGUUAAAAAUUCUGGAGGUCAUUUCUGGUGAACACCUUCUCUGUAGAAUUGAUGGAUUCCUCGCCUGAUUCUGGCGUCGGAGCCACUCCUUGAGUGGGCUUGAUGUAGAC